UAGACCCCGCCCCCACCUCCGACCGAGCUGCUCUUCGGGCAGCAGGAGGGGUCGCGCUGCGCCUGUUGGGGCUGCAGCUCGGAUCAGGGCCGCCUACGCGUCUACAGCCAUGUCUGGCCGCUCGGUGCCGCAUGCCCACCCCGCCACCACCGAGUACGAAUUUGCCAACCCGAGUCGCCUGGGUGAACAGCGCUUCGGAGAAGGCCUCCUGCCAGAAGAGAUCCUGACCCCCACCCUCUACCAUGGCUACUAUGUCCGGCCGCGGGCUGCCCAAGCUGGGGAGGGCAGCAGGGCAGGGGCCUCAGAGCUUAGGCUCAGUGAGGGCAAGUUCCAGGCAUUUCUGGACGUAAGCCAUUUUACCCCAGAUGAGGUGACCGUGAGGACUGUGGACAACUUGCUGGAGGUGUCUGCCCGGCACCCCCAGCGCCUGGACCGCCAUGGCUUCGUGUCCCGGGAGUUCUGCCGCACCUAUGUCCUGCCUGCUGAUGUCGACCCCUGGCGGGUCCGUGCUGCUCUCUCCCAUGAUGGCAUCCUUAACUUGGAGGCCCCUCGGGGUGGGCGACAUUUGGACACAGAGGUCAAUGAGGUCUACAUCUCCUUGCUCCCGGCACCUCCUGAUCCAGAUGAAGAGGAGGAGGUGGCCGGAGUUGAGCCCUGACUGCCACAGACCCAGCACCCAGCAAAUCCCUUUCUACUUCCCAAGGCGUGAUGCUAGCAGCUGCCCACCAUCCCAGAGGUAGCAGCAUCCUUGGGGGAAGGGAAAAAUGCAUGGUCCACAAUAUAUUGUUUGGUCCCUUGGGACGUGUCAUAGCCUUUGGCUUAGUUCUGGGUAGAGUUGAAUAAACCCAAAUCUCAGGGCUUUGUUUGUGCUGCUCCCUAUUCUGUGGCCUAGAGGAAGGGAUGAGCAGGGAGGGAGGAGGUCAUAGCUGGCUAGACAUAAAGCACCUCAGUUAGAUGUGCCAUCGUCACACUUGGAUGCUGAGAUCACGCCCGGAAGCUGGCAUUGGCUCCAGAUCAAAUUCCUAGCCAUAAUUUUCUCACAAUGCAACAAAAGAGAGAGUGAUCCUGGGAGGGGAAAGGGAUAUGCCAUCCAAACAGUCCAGAGGACACUGUCUGAGCUGGUGAUUAGAGACACAAAAACAAGAGUCUCCAGACUGUCUGGCCCUUUUUGGGUAGGGGUUGGGAAAACUGGCUGGAGAGAGUUGCCUAAAACAAAAUACUUCAUUUUCUCAUGCUGAGGUCUGUUCACAGGAAAUGGUCUCUGAUUCCGAGAGACUAAAUAUGCAUAGACAGGGACACAGACACAGGAAUCCCUACCAUUAUCACCACACCACAAAGAUUUCUCAUGCUCCGCACAGAGGAGGCCCAAGAAGGAAAGCAUUUGUCUCUAAUCUUGGAACAUCCAAAGAAAGACAGGAACUAUCACAUCACCUCAGCCAGUCAACCCAAGACCCAAUGCAGGGGAUCUAGGGCUAUAGGGUCGCUAUGAGUCAGAAUCAACUCAAUGGCAACAGGACUAUUAGUGUAAUAAGACAGAAAAAAAAAAAAAAAUACAGUGGUGGUGACUGCCAGGGAAGCUUGCCUUGGACAUCUAGUACUAAGUAUAGUCCUAAGACUAGGGGCAUGGUGUAUUUAGGAAAGCCUAAGGUCAUGACCCCUCAGUCAUGCUUUGCAGUCAAGAGAGCAUGCGUGCGUAAGAUUUAGGGGGUGUGCAGAAGACCUCCCUGCCCCAAAACACAUCUAUGGUAAAAAAAAAAAAGAUACCUCAAAUUCUUCCUUUCAAGUGGUGGUUCUUAACCUUUUUGGGUUAGAGACCCCUUUGAAAAUCUGAUAAAAGCCAUAAACCCUCUUCCCAGAAAAUGUACAUGCCCCCAAAUUUGGCUUUCUCAUCCCUCUUAGCGAUUCAUGGACCACUGGGGUAAGGACCCUCACUUGAGGAAUUCAAUUUUUGGUUAAAGGUUGCCUUCUAUUAAAAACGUAAGCAUGCCUCAGAAAAAUAACUAUAUUUUUGCUUUUUCAUUCAUUCAACAAAUAUUUAUCAAGCCCCAGGUAAUACAUCCUAAAGGUUAUACACUGUAAAUAUAAAAAAUAUGUAUGUUAUUCUCUACUAUCAGGAAUCUUACUGUCUAGUUGAAAAAAGAAUUUUUAAAAAGGGAUCCAUCCUACUCAGACUUCAACCAGAACAGCUUUGAUCUGUUUUGUAAUUGGGGUUUUGACACGAGCUUUAUAGAAAGGAUUGCUUAGCUAGAAAAAAUACGAAAACCUCUGAUUUAGUCCAAUUCGUCACCAUAUUCUUCUCACAUUAUGAGCCAACUGUUGCUGGGACAUUUUGAGUGACAGAGAACUUAAAACUUCAUCUCGUAACACA